AUGGAUUUUGCAGCAGUGAAAAACCGUCAGAGUUUGGAUGUGAUCUGUUUGAUGUCAGAAGAUGACGAGGACUUGAUUUACAUGUCGACGGAUCAGAAACCCGAUCUGAAGCAGGAGGCUCAGGUGAAGAAGCAGAUCCAGCGCCUGGACAGGCAGAUUUCCGCAAACGAUUUGGUGAACUUCAUCAGAACUUAUUUCCAAGAUGAAGUUUACUCAGCGGAGCCUGAGGACAUCAUGGCAGCCGUCACCGACCAGCCGUACUGUGUUUACCUGUAUGUCGGUGUGGAGCUGGGCGCGGGACGCAGCGCCAGCGUCCUGCUGAUCGGAUACUUCGAUGAGCGUUCAUGCCGAAGCGUGGUGAAGCUGCUGCACACUCUACAGAUGAGCACCGACAGCGCCGACCCUCGCCAGCCGAUGGACACGGACGCCAUGGCGCGCGUCGCCGACUCGGACGCCUGGCUGCUGGUGGAGGCGCUGCGGAAGUACGAGCUGCCGCUGUCCAACCUGGCGGCGUUCUACUGCAGCACGCCGCAGCCGGGCUUGAGCCGGGUGUUUGUGUCACGGCUGCAGGCGUUCAGCCCCAAGAUGGUGUCGCUCUGCAGCAUCCCGGGGAUCGCGGAGCGCGCCUGCCGGGCCGGACUCACUGUCGCCUUCAGCCACGCCGUCGACCUCAUCACAGACGUCCACUGCCACUAUUCCAUCUGCCCGUCCAGCAACGACAGCCUGAAGGAUGUGUUCGCCGACACCGGGCCGCAAGCCCCACAGUUUCUGUUCCUGGCCCACACCGUGCAGAAGAUGGCCGCCCGGUGGCAGGACCUGCGGGAGUAUUUUAAAUCGCUAAAUGAGGCAGAAGUGUCGAUCCAGAGCCGUCUGCUGGACGACACGCUCCGGAUGCAGUUCCUGUUCCUGUCCCACGCCUUGGAGCCCCUCAGAGCGCUGAACGAGCUGCAACGGGCCAGGAUCACGGAGCUGAGCGAAGAGCUGCAGAUCACUGCCAUCCUGAUGCAGUCCUACACUGCCAGCAUCCUCCAGCCGCACGCCGUCGACCGCUUCCUCCAAGGGCGGGAGCUGGACCUGCUUCACGGCGACCAGCUGCUCCCCGUGGCCCAGGUCAACAUCGGGCCGCGUGCGUCAGACUUCAUGUGGGCCUUCGGGCCGAGCCUGGGGGAGCAGAACCUGGCCCAGUUCCUGAAGGACGCCCAGGCGUUCUACAGAGCCGCUCUUCAGAGUCUGGUGGAGAGCAUUCCCGGCCCGCUCGGAGACGUGACGCUCAGGAACAUCGGGCUGAUACUGAAAAAUCCAGAACGCAUCACAGAGAAGCAUUUUCCCUGGGAGGUGUUGUCAGUGAUGGCCGUCCAGCUGGGGAUCUGCGCCGCUGGGCCUCCAGAGGUGAAGCUGCAACGCAGCUGCUGCGAUUUCAAGAAGCUCAUCCAAGAAUGGAGCAGCAGUGGGGAAUGCAGCAGCUGGGUGAAGAUCUUGAACAAAAUGAAACCGUGGCCCACUCUGCACAAGCUGUUUCUGACCCUGCUGGCGCUGCCCAGCUCUCUGCACCAGACACAGGUGUUUGCUAAGGCCUACAAGAACCUGAAAAUCCCUCCCUACAGGGAGAAAACUCCCGUGGCCUCACCACACAUGGAGGUUUGGGGACGACAAUCGCCAGUCGGUAGGAAGAAACUAGCUGCUGUGGAGGCUUUCAGCUGCCAGAAAGUCACAGUGAAACAUGAGAGUUCAUCAGAGGACGAGAAGAGUCCUGCAGCGAAGCCUUUAAUAUAUCAGAAGAUGAAACAUAACAGGAGUGUGGAUGAGAUGGACUACACAGACAAUUCCUCAGGGGAGCUGGUUUGGGGUCAGAUCGAAGGUUUCGCCCCGUGGCCCGGCGUCAUCAUUCCGUUCAAAGACCAGGUCCAUUCCUCAGAAGAGGAUGGUGGAGUGGUCAGUGUCAGGUCUCUGAAGCCGUUUGCUGCGUUCGGCCAGUAUUUCUCCACCAACUCCUUUGCAACCCUGGUCACCUACAGAGAGGCCGUCCUCUUGUCGCUGCAGGAGGCAGCGAUGCGCUGUGGGAAGAAGUUUUCUCCUUUGCUCCAGGACAGCGAAGAGGUUCUGAAGCAGUUUCUGGACUGGGCGUUCGGAGGCUUUCAGCCGACCGGUCCGGACGGACUCAAACCUAAGCAAGGUGUUGUUAAAACAUACACCAGGCCAAAGGUGAAGAAGAAGCUUUUUGAGAAGUCCAACCCAACUCCUGCCUCCUCCACCCCGACGGAGAACAAAGUCGGCAUCGAGAUGAAACACGUAGCCAACUUGCUCAACAGACUGUCCUGCGCUUCCGGAGAUUCGCCAUCCAGCUCCAAAACCAACGGAACCAACGGAGAAACCGGACCGGGUUCUGCUGGAAAAAGGUCCAAACCUCCGACCCUACGGCGGGAAGCAGGGAAAGGAAAGAUCCCAGAUGGAGAAGGACAAGUGGGACACCGAAGGAAGAGGAGCUACACCAAAACAUACAAUAAGGUCAACGUGACCAGCGGCGUGUACACGCAGCCGGACCAGAAACUCAGAGAGAAGACCAUCAAUCAGAUCCUGGACUUAAACCUCGAUAUCGAAGAUUUCUGUUUGUGCUGCGGAACCAAAGAAAUCCAGAUUUCCCACCCGCUCUUCAAAGGAAGCCUCUGCUUGAAGUGCAAAGAUAACUUCAUGGAGACGCUGUAUCGCUACGACGAAGACGGAUACCAGUCCUACUGCACCAUCUGCUGCUACGGCAUGGAGGUCAUUCUCUGCGGACACGACGGCUGUCACAGGUCUUUCUGCGAGGACUGUCUGAACAUCCUGGUUGGUCCAAAGACGUUUGACUCUCUGAAGGUCGUGGACCCGUGGAUCUGUUACCUGUGCCAGCCUCACCAGCAGCACGGCGCGCUGGUCCCCCGGGAGGACUGGAGGUUUCGCGUCCAGGAGAUGUUUGCCAACAACAGCGCCAUGGAGUUUGAGCCUCAUCGGGUCUACCCGUCUGUCCCCAUCAAGAUGCGCCGACCUCUGCGGGUUCUGUCGCUGUUCGACGGGAUCGGAACAGGCUAUUUGGUGCUGAAGGAUCUCGGCCUCAAGGUGGAGAGAUAUGUCGCCUCCGAGAUCUGCGAAGACUCGGUUGCCGUGGCAACCAUCAACCACGACGGAAAGAUCAUCCACGUUGGAGACGUCCGAUUCGUCUCCCACGAGCUGCUGGAGAAGUGGGGGCCGUUCGACCUGCUGAUUGGUGGAAGCCCCUGCAACGAUCUGUCCAUCGUCAACCCGCUGAGGAAAGGCCUCUACGAGGGAACCGGCCGCUUCUUCGAGUUUUACCGCAUCCUGCAGAUGCUGAAGCCCAGAGAGGACGACGAGCGGCCGUUCUUCUGGCUCUUCGAGAACGUCGUUUUCAUGAAUACGCACGACAAAGUCAACAUCUGCCGCUUCCUGGAGUGCAAGCCGGUUCUGGUGGACGCGGUCAAGGUGAGCCCUGCGCACAGAGCCCGAUACUUCUGGGGAAACAUUCCUGGGAUGAGCAGGCCCAUCAUCGCCUCCCAGAACGACAAGUUGAACCUGCAGGACUGUCUGGAGCUCGGCAGAGAAGCCAGGGUAACCAAAGUGAGAACGAUCACAACAAAUCCAAACUCCCUGAAGCAGGGGAAGGACGUGUCUUUGCUGCCGGUCGUGCAGAACGGGAAAGAUGACAUCCUCUGGAUCACCGAACUGGAAAAGAUCUUUGGUUUCCCCAAACAUUACACCGACGCGAGGAACAUGAACCGGCAGCAGCGGCAGAAGCUGUUGGGCAAGGCAUGGAGCGUGCCGGUCAUCCGUCACCUCUUCGCCCCGCUGAAGGAGUACUUCGCCUGCGAUGAGCUUCCCCCCAUCAGCGCCUCGGCCACCAGCACCGCGCUGUCCUCGCCCAACUCCCCGGACCUGCAGCAGCUCCGGUAGAACCGGAGCUGCGUCACGGUUCUGUUUCCCGUAUGGGAACGCAGAACUACGUCGUGAACAUUGGGUGAAUGUGAAUCACUAACAGUUAUUAUCUUUACAAUAAGUCUGUUGCUUUUCUACACUGCCAUCCACUCAGUGCUCCAAAUUUUAACUAAAUAAUCUCAAUAUUUUGUGCAAUUAAUCAUUUAAUUCAGCUUCCUCUGAUAGGCAGCUGUUCUCCUCAGGAAAUCUGUAUGAAUGCAUCAGUUUAACAGUUUUUAAGACGGAUGAGAAACUUUAUGGUUGAUGAAAUGUUUCGGGGCUGAUUUGCAGAAUGUGAAUCGUGAUGCUUUUUAAAACUACUUGACUGUUUUUAUAAUACUGUAAUAUUCUUGUGUUGCUUUUUAAAAUUCUUUGUUGAUUUGUGGUUUUAGAUCUUUUCAUAUGGAGGACUGAUCCUGCCAAAAUUAGCCAAAACCUUUGGAGAAAAAGUAUGAGUUUGUAAAGUAAUUACACCAAAUAUUACAACCCAAAAAAAUUUUUUAAAUGCAAAUGAAAACUUUCCCAACUUAUCUGAUUACACAAUGCAACAUUAUAAAUAUAAAAAUAUUUUAUGACUAUAAAAAAUAAGUUGGGAAAGUUAUUUAUAUUUUUUUAAUGCGAUAUUUGACACAUUAUCAAGCCAUUUAUUUAUUUAUGUCUUUAGUGCCAAUUUUGGCAGGAUGAGUCUUCCAUACUCUGAUCAUGGUUUAAUGAAUAGAAAAAAACAACCAUUUUAAGAUGGUAAAUCUGCAAUUAUGGAGUGAUGGACAGUUGUGGUGCAUAAAUCGACCUCAGUGUUGACCUGCGGUGCCUUAAACAAGCCGCCCGCUGCCGUUUACCUGUAGAUCCGUUUGGGUCAUAACUAGUUAUAAACUGAGCCAAAUCAUUAAGAAAAAUGUUUAAAUGACUUUAUUUCAACUGCUGAACCCCAAAAAAAUCUAACAAACAUCCAUUUCCUUUUUAUUUCUGUGAAUUUUAUAAUCACGGUUUGAUGCAUUUCUACCAAAAUCAUGUCGAUGCACUUUCAUUUUUUUAAGCUGGUAACUAAACCGAAUGAGAGAAAUAGGAAUAAGACGACAAAAUGCACAAGAUGUUCUGAAUAUGUUAAAACCCUCUAGACUCAACCUGUUUGUGGUUCCAGUAGAUUUAGUAAACAUCUUUUAGUUUUGUUCAGCAGGAUAAAUUUGUUAUUAAGAGUAUUUAAAUCAAUAUUGGAGCAAACGGAACAAUCACCAAGUAACAGAGGAAUCCUCCUUUUUAAUUAUGUUUCUUACUAACUACUGUAAUUUAGCUGCUUUUUGUCAUCAUGAUUCAUUUUUAAUGGAAAUUAUUGGAAAUAUUGUCACUGAAAGAACCAGAACGAAUGAAAUUGAAAUGUUGGUUCCGAUGUUUACAUUUGAUGCUUUUCUUGUUUUUUGUUUAAUGCCGAAAGUCCUGAUUAGUGGGACUGCGAUCCGUUUAUUGGUGGAUCUUUUCUUGUGAAAUAUGACCAAAGUUCAUGCAAUGCUCUUGCACGUUACCCCAGAGGGAUUAAAUGCUUGUUGGCUGUGUGAAGGUUAAAACAUUUACAAGAACAAAAUACUGUCCUGUUUGGCUCUACAAAUGCUGUUAGUAUUUGGAAUAAAAUUUUGUAAACAUCUCAA